AUGUCGCCAGCAAGGUUUCCACAGGACCACGUACACUGGUUGGAACCGCAGAACGACCGCAAAGAGCCGCACGAAAGUCGCGUGGUGAUGGGCGACUUCCCGGAACUUCCAUUUCUGGACGAAAUCCUUGAGCACUACGACCGCCGUGACUACGACCUGGACGCCUACCUACAACAGUCGUGGUACGACCCUCGGCUGAGCUUGCUCCGUUUCGGCAUCAAUGAAACGGUUAUGCUGAGUGGCGAGGCCAUCACGGCGCUCAUCUGGAAGCCCGACCUGUACUUCGUCAACGCCAAGCGCGCCACCGUCCACGACGUCACGGCGCCGAACGAGUUAGUCCAGAUAACUCCUGGCGGCUACGUGCUCUACGGGGUCAGAGUGCGCCUCAAGCUUUCCUGUCACAUGUAUUUUCAUCUCUUUCCUCUGGACAGACAAAAGUGCUUCAUCGUUAUUAGACCGUAUGCACAAAGAAACGAUCAAACACGCAUUUCUUGGGCACGCGACAAACCCAUUUCGCUGGAGUUUGACAUACAAAUGGAGGAAUUCGACCUAGUUGGCUUCUACACAGGACAAUUUGUUGAGCGACGACAAAUAGGCACCUUCAGCACAUUGAACGUGACGUUCCUAUUGCACCGCCGUAUUGAGUUCCACUUGAUACAAAGCUACUUCACCACCUGCCUGGCGGUGUUCAUCUCGUGGGUGCCCUUCUACAUCACUAUGCUGCUGCCGCAGAUACGCGUGGCGAUCGGUUGCACCACACUGCUGACCGUGCUGUCGAUCAUGUCGUCGGUUCGCACGGUCGCGCCUCGAGUCACGUACGUGAAGGCCAUCGACGUCUGGGCAACCCUGUGCAUCAUAUUCAUAUUUGCCGAGCUCGCAGAGACGACCCUCGUCAACUAUCUCAUACGCAUGAAACUCAGGCCUCACAUCAUGCGAAGGGUGGACUUCGGCAUCGCCAACCUUCUGCAUUACAUCCGCCAUGGCUACCCGACGGACGACUUCCUGCUCAAGCUGGACUCGAAGAGCAAGCUCGAACUCCACCGGAACCAGAAGAGAGCCGAGGCCAUCGACAGAGCCAGCCGUUACAUGUUUCCUUUCUGUUUUGCCUUCUUAAACCUCGUGUACUGGCUGUAUUACACAGACCAGCGUUACGAGCGUUUUUACAUCAGCUCCAUGUAACGGCGCCGUGACUACCACAAUAGCCGCAGCUAGCUAAUGUAAUAGCAUGACCAAUUGUUAUAUACGAAUAUUUGAAGGGAAUCAUUGGAAAAUGCGUUUUAAAUCGCUAUAAGACCUAUAUCGUCUAUAUUUAUUUUAGC